AAAAAAUUCUUUACACUUCACUCUAUUGUAUUUCUGAAAUUGAUCACUUCAUAGUCGGUAUCGACCACAGUUUGUAUUAACGGGGAAGUAAAAGAGAUUGUAAUUUUUGGACUCAAAAACAUGCAUUAUAUCGCGUUUAUUUCGUAUGUCUGCCAUUUCGUCACGUUAUUUUGUGUUUCUGCACAAUUUCACGGUUCUAACGAGAACAAUAUUAUUCAUUUUUCACCCGCCUACGCCAUCGCCUCGAGAGCUAGUCUUCUCGGUUCGGCAACAUGUGCAACGGAAUUACGAGAUUUCCUAGACGCUGUUGAUCAACGGAUUCUGUGGGGUUUAAAAACAUUGGAUUCUAGUGGGGGACUCAAAUCAGGUUUCCUUUAUGGAAAUAAUUUUUGGCUUGGCAGUCGUAGUCAGUGCCUCGAUAUUAUGAACAGGACUCCCUUCGAGAUCGCAAAACGACACAUAUUAAAUAACACGCGAUACCGCGAUCCGCAGAAUGAGUUCCCACCUUUCCAACUGAAUUAUUUCGUUGCUUAUAUCAGACACAACAGUACUCUUCAGUAUCACAUCAAUAUAUUCAAUGAAGACCUGAUUACGCUCGGCCUCUGUUUGCCCGCAUCCUGUUCCAUGAAUAAUAUAAGUUUCAUUCUAGAAGGAAUAUUUAGAGAUAGAGUUCUUUUAAUCAAUGAUCUCUAUUCCAUGAAUCUCAGCCUGAUCCAAGUAAAAAACUUAAAGAAUGAUCACCAAUGGCUAUUAAGUGGUGCGAUACCUUUCGUAUGUAUUGUUUUAGUGCUUACCUUUGCCAUGAUGAUAAGCGGUACAAUGUACGAUAUAUUCAUAUAUCAAACACAUUUAAAGACAAAGACUAAAACUGUCGUUAAUGAAGAAAACACGGUCGAGGAGCUGCAAAUGUCCGAUUUGUCGUCUUCGUGUGAGAAAAAUAGAAUCGGGAACGUAUUAAUGUGUUUCUCCGUUUACACAAGUACAAAGAAAAUAUUUAACACAAAAUUGGACACCGAAGCAAUAGCCGUCAUUCACGGCAUAAAAUCUCUGACCAUGCUUUGGAUAAUUACAUGUCACACCGCAUAUUACGCGAUGGACUCUUUCGACAAUAAAAUAUCGACGCUGAGAAUGGCCAAAGGUGUCCCCAUGCAAGUAUUCACCAACUCAACUGUAUCGGUUGACACUUAUUUCUUUUUAAGCGGAUUUUUAUUGGCUUACAUGUAUUUAAAGAAUAAAAUAGACAAGGAACGAAUUAAGCCGAUUCAUUACAGAGAGAAGCUAAACGAGUUCUUUAUCAUCACAAUAAACAGAUAUAUCCGGUUGACACCGGCUUAUGUAAUGAUGGUAGGAAUAGCGCAAUUGACCUCAGCUUGGUACGACAAGACUUCGCAAUUCUACGUUGAUGAGAGACUGCACGAAACUUGCGCAAAAUACUGGUGGAGAAAUGUCUUGUACAUACAUAAUCUAUUCGGUUAUAAUACGAUGUGCUUGUCCUGGAGUUGGUAUCUAUCCAGCGAUAUGCAAUUCUUUAUAAUCGGUCUGGCGCUUUUAAUUCUGUCAACUGUCUAUUUUUACGUGGCUGUUGUCAUACUAAGUACAAUUUUGAUAGCCUCGGUUAUCCUAAGUGGUUAUAUCUCAUACAUUUAUGAAUUUGUUCCGACUUUCGACGAACAGUACAGACUCAAAGAUGUCUUAUACUUUCCACCAUGGAUUCGAAUUGGUCCAUAUAUUAUUGGAAUGAUUACAGGUUACAUUAUAAGAAGAUUUAACAAAAAAAUAGCCUUGAAAAAGAAUGUUGUAAUUUUAUAUUGGAUUCUUGGUGCUGCUUGCAACAUUUUGGUGUUAUUUGGUCUUUACAAUCGACAAAUAUCAGUUCUAUCUACUGCUAUCUAUGUUGCAUUAAGUAGAACAGUCUGGGCCAUAGGCAUAGCAUGGAUUGUAAUAAUGUGUUGCACUGAGCAUGGAGGUAUUAUUAAGGAGCUUUUAUCAUGGAAAAUCUGGAUUCCUCUUAGCAGACUUACAUACUGCGCUUACCUUAUAAAUCCUGUUAUCAUACGUUCGAUUAGUUUGAAUAGUGAAACAUCUGUUCAUUCAGAAUUUCUGCCCACGAUCACUACGUCCAUAGGAUACUUGGUGAUUAGUUAUUUCUGUGCAUAUGCAUUGUCUUUAACGGUAGAGUCACCAUAUAUCCUAUUAAUGCAAAUGUUUAGACAAUCUCUUAACAGAAAAAGGACCAAGAGAUUAUAAUUUCGCAUAUAUGAUUGCGAUGGAAAUAAUGUAAUAUAAUAAUUGUAAUUACAAUUCAAUAAUAUAAAGUCAAAUUUUAGACGUUGAUGCCUCUAUACAUUUGGGUGAAGGCAUAUUCGACUGUGAUGGAACUAAGUAAUAACUAGGCACAAUUUGCGUGAACUAUGUGGA